UUAUUAGCCCAAGUAAGUAUCUAGGGCUAAACAGUACAUUCCUAUUUGACUGUGAAUAACUCCCCCAUAUGUACUAUACUAUUACUAUGAUACUUGAAGUGACAAAAUGGAUGGACAUGGAAAACUUUUAAUCCUUUCAUACUGCUGGUUUUGGCUUGGAUUUUUGCUGACUCGGCAAUUAACAAACUUAAUCAUGGAACUUCCGGUAUUACUUCAUUCUCCAUCUGAUUAGCUUAUAACUUCUCUAUAGAUUUACGAAUAAAGAAAUACAUAGCAUAGAAAUAUGAUGUCAACGUUACGUCCUUGGUAUAUCAGAAAACUUCUUUGCAUCUUUGUUAUGAGAACAAUGUGACGUCCUUGGUAAUUGAAAGUGGGUGAUCGUGACGUCGCGUUGACUUUAUCGGUAACGAAAAGGUUAAAAAAGCUUAGAACUUUUAUUUUGGCCUUUACAUUAGCCUACUAAUUAGUAUUAAAUUAUAUAUAGGUCUAAUUUUAUUUCACAUGAAUUUUUUUUGUUUCUUCGAUUGUCCUCAGAUUGUCAUUUUCGUGUAAUUGAUAUGCCCUACUCGAACUUAUGCAUAAACAUUUUUAAAAAGUUUGAUUCAGCUUGUGAGGAUUACAAUGAGUGCAGCUUUACAAGACCCUGUGGUGCAACAGUUUGUAGCACGAGAGACACAAAAACAACGAUUUCAAGGCCUGAUUCAUGAGAUGACUGGCCGUUGUUGGGAUACAUGUAUGGUAAAUCCUGGUUCCAAAAUUGACACUAAAACUGAAAAUUGCAUUCGUAACUGCGUCGAUAGAUUUUUGGACACAUCCAACUUUGUUGUGAAUAGAUUAGAAUCAACACCAAUUCCAGAAACAACCCCGAAGAAAUCAGGGUUUCUUUUUGGCUAGUAAAGAAUUGAAUACCACUGACUUUUUUUACACCCAUAUAUAUAUAUAAGAUUGAUAGAAUUUAGUAUUUACAAGAACUGUUAAAGUUAAAGGGAGACGGUAACUAAAUCAGUGAGCAGUACCACCAACAAAGGAACAUUUGCCAAUAAUAAUGUCAAGCCUGUCAACAUUCUCAUCAAAAUCUAAUGCCAAACCUCCUCAGAAAGGGAGUUUCCCCUUAGAUCAUGAUGGGGAGUGCAAAGAUUUCAUGAUAAAAUACAUGCAGUGUUUGCGGCUCAACAAGAAGGAAGUUACCCUAUGUAGGCAGCAGUCAAAAGAUUACCUUAACUGUCGAAUGGAGAAAAAUCUUAUGCUGAAAGAGGACUGGAAAAAACUUGGCUUUUCAGAAAUGCAGAAAGAUGAGAAAAGUUGAAAGUAUUCACAUUAUUUAAUAAUAAAUGACAUGUAUAGUUUAAAGGAUUCUGAAUAAACUAUUGAUAUGCUAGAUUUAUGUUGAAAUUUAAUGCUAUUAAAAUUAAAUCAAAUAAAAACUUUGAUUAAUAGUAGCAAAAUGAGUUUUUGUUCAUCAAGCUGUCAACAUUAUAUUUAUAUAUCAUUUAAUUCAAUUAUUUUCGUUUUUAUUUGGAAACAAAAAACAUUAAAAUAAUAAGACCAUUAAGAAC